UUCAGUUCUGAGAAGACAUUGUUGUUCCAUCCCCACAUCAUUUUUUUCUCAUUUUCCUAAAGCAUGAAGCCACCAUCUUUUAUUUUUUACACUGUUGUUAUAGCAACAAUUUCGGUGCCAGCAGCAACUAACUGCAGAGUCGUUCUGCUAAACAAGGCCAAUCUGAUAGAAGAAACAUGCAAGCAGACACCCCAUCAGAAUCUUUGCAUCCAAUACCUCUCUUCUGACCCUCGCAGCGCCGAUGCAGAUAUUGCAGGGCUAGCUCUAAUCAUGGUCAAUGUAAUAAAAACCAAAGCAAAUAAUGCCUUGGACAAGAUCCAACAACUUCUUCAGGGAAGCCAUGAACAUUCUCAAAAGGAAGCACUGAAUUCUUGUGCUGGUAGAUACAAGACAAUUCUGGAAGCUGACGUGGCACAAGCCAUUGCUGCUCUGCAGAAAGGAGAUCCCAAAUUCGCAGAAGAUGGUGCGAAUGAUGCUGCUGUUGAGGCCACCUCUUGUGAGAACGGUUUCUCUGGGAAAUCGCCACUCACCAAUGAGAACAAUGCCAUGCAUGAUGUUGCAGUCACAACAGGAGCUAUAGUUAGACAAUUGCUCUAGUUACUUACUCAAACAAAUGAUGCAAUUUCGUAUUUAUAAUGUCAUAUUCACUAUCCUAUAAUCAUAUAUUAUAGUAUGUUGUUUGUAUGGUGUCCAAUAAAAUGCUAUUAACUUGAGCGGCAUCAUAGGGGCAUACUCUCUUGUUAGUCUCACCUGUUUCGGAAAUACAAUUGUUUUUGCCACUUCCACAA